GUUACAAGGCUUAGUAUUCAGUUUGGCAUCAGCCACAAGACAUUGUGUUGGAUUCAAUGGUCACUCUCUCUGCAUCUGUCUGAGAGUUCCAGAGGGUCAUCUGGACCACCAACACUUUCCAGGAUCCUGAAGCCUCUCAUGAACACUAAUCACAAACAUUUCCUGUGAGGAUUGUGUCGUCGGUCCAAUUGGACUUUCUCAGUGGGUGGUUUAGGUGCAGUCUGACGACGAAUUUCAUCCAGUCUUACAGAAGGCCAUUGGGCUUCAAUGCUUCAGCUCUGAACCCUUCAGGCUUUUCUUACUUUGUGAAUCCAAGUUCACCUUCUUCAGCUCGCUUGUUUUGCUGCCAUGGAUAUCGGCGGCCUGACCACUGUGGUGGCCAACUCAGCGUACAUCUCGGCCCGUGGCAGUUUCGAUGGCUCGGCGAACCCGGCGGCCAACCGAGACAAGAAGUAUCACGCCAAACUCAAGCUGCCUCACAUCACAGUGUGUGAAGGCUUGAGAGAAACUCUGGAUCUUCAGUACAAGAGCAUCUGUGUGGAGCAGCCCAUCGGCAAACGCCUGUUUCAAGAGUACCUGGAAACCACCAACGAGUACAAGGGCCCCUGUCGCCUCUGGAAGGACAUCGAGGAGUAUGACACUGCCGAGGAUAAAGAUCGCACUCAUAAAGCUGCUAAAAUCCUCCAGCGCUAUAUGGAACCUUCGGCGAAGCUCUUCUGCCCGUUUUUACCUGAGAACGACAUCACAAAAGUGAAGGAACAGCACCAGGAGGCGGCGGAUGACCUGUUUGUUGCGAUCCAUACCAGUGUGUUUGACUUCCUCAAAGAAGUUCCCUUCACCUUCUAUCUAGAGAGCAUGUAUUUCAAACGCUUCCUGCAGUGGAAAUGGCUGGAGAUGCAGCCGGUAGCAGAAGACUGGUUCCUGGACUUCCGUGUUCUGGGGAAAGGUGGCUUCGGAGAGGUAUCCGCCUGUCAGAUGAAAGCCACGGGAAAACUGUACGCCUGCAAGAAGCUCAACAAGAAGAGACUGAAGAAGAGGAAAGGAUAUGAGGGUGCUAUGGUGGAGAAACGGAUUCUGGCUCGAGUUCACAGUAGAUUUAUCGUGUCAUUGGCUUACGCCUUCCAGACCAGGACUGAACUCUGCCUGGUGAUGACCAUCAUGAAUGGAGGAGACUUGAGGUAUCACAUCUAUAAUGUGGACGAGAAUAACCCCGGCUUCUCCGAGUCACGGGCGUGUUAUUACGCUGCUCAGAUCAUUCAAGGCCUUGAGCAUCUACACCAGAAGAGAAUCAUUUACAGAGAUCUCAAACCAGAGAACGUUCUUCUAGAUAAUGAAGGUAACGUGCGAAUCUCUGAUCUCGGUUUGGCUGUUGAACUGGCUGAAGAUCAGUUUAAAACCAAAGGAUAUGCUGGAACUCCAGGGUUUAUGGCCCCAGAGCUGUUGAAAGGUGAUGAAUAUGAUUAUUCUGUUGAUUAUUUCACUCUGGGAGUGACGCUGUACGAGUUCAUGGCAGCUAAAGGACCCUUCAGGACACGAGGAGAGAAGUUGGAGAAUAAAGAGGUGAAGAAACGAAUCUUAAAUGACCCCGUGACCUAUCCAGAGAAGUUCAGUGAGAAUGCCCGGUCCAUCUGUGAGGGUCUGCUGGCUAAAGAGGUGGAUAAGAGACUGGGCUUCAAGAACGACUGCUGUGAUGAGCUGCGAGCACAUCCGUUCUUCAGCGAGAUCAACUGGAGGAAACUCGACGCAGGAAUUCUGCCGCCUCCUUUUGUACCGGAUUCUAAGACAGUUUAUGCCAAAAAUCUGGAUGAUGUGGGGGCUUUCUCCACAGUGAAGGGGGUCGGCCUGGAGGAUGAUGAUAAAAAGUUCUUUGAUGAGUUUUCGUCAGGAAACAUCUCCAUACCCUGGCAGGAGGAGAUGAUCGAGACGGGCAUCUACGGCGAGCUGAACGUGUGGGGUCCGGGGGGCACCGUACCCAAUGACCUGCGCCGCGAGUCCAUUCUAGAGCAGCCGCCCAAAUCCUCCACAUGCACCGUAUCAUAAUCAUCAACACAUUAAAAUAGAACUUUAUUUCCUGCGUUCACAUCUCAAGAUCAAUUAGGAACAUGAAUAAUGAGGUUGAUUUACAUAAUCAGACUUCAGACUUUCAUUAAAGGUUCAUUGUUAAAUAUUUAUGAAAAAGCAGAAGGUAAAGACAGUCUCAGUAUUUGUGUUAGUGAUUAUUGAUUUUUUUUCUCAAGAACUGUAAACUGAGUUCUGAAACACUCAGUGAGUUUACAAUGCACUCUUCUGUAUUCAAGCAUUAUUAGAUUAGGCUUUUAAACAGAGCAGUUUUUAAUGAACAUUGAUCUAUCCCUCAUGAAACAGAGUAUCCAGGAAUGUGGAGUGAAUGAUGACGAAAAUUAUCGGAUGAAAAAGUCCAAAGGUUCAAGUCAAUUAUGUCUAUAAGUAAAUAUUAAACAUUAUUUUUAAAUUAAGCUGACAUUGCUCCCUGAUCUGACUCUCUCUGUCAAAUGUGUUAUUAUAUGGAAAAAUGUCUCUGUGUAUUUUUCAGUUUAUUUGUGCGUAUAAUCAAUUACAUGUGGUAAACUGAGCAUACAUCUAAAUGUAAAGAGCCUAAUUUUAAUAGUUUAUGAUAUGCUUUGAGACAUUUCAUCCUGAACUUGAUGGUUUUGUUUUUGACCAGUCCUAGUGAAUUAUUUUAAUUGCUUUAAUUAAUGCCUUUAUUGAUUGUUCAGCAUCCCACCACUGUUUUAUAUGACCCUCACUGGGUAAAAAUGUACAAGUAAAUAAUGUCUCGUAGAUAUUUGUGGGCUCAUACAAUCUAAAGACAGUUGACAAAGUAACUAAUAGAGAAUAAAGAAGUGUUGUUUACUAGUUCUGCCAUUGUUGCCAUACACAAAAAUGCUUCUGUGCACAAAUGGCUUUCUAAAGUGCAUUAGUUAAGAUAUCAUUAGAUCUAAUUUUUGGAAACCCAAUUUUUAUUUAUGUAAAAAGCUGUAAAUGUCUAUAGAUUGCAUUGAUUAUUCAUGUACAAAACACUUUGAAUUGUUUUGUCAUAAAUAUAACUUUAGUGACUGUGUCUCUGAGUUAUCUACAGAAAUUGAUCACUGUUGACUGAGUUAUUGAUAAUAAAGAAAAAAAAUGUCACAAUCUUCAUAUUUAUAAUAACCAUUUCUAUGUAGAUAUGUACUCGUAAGUAACAUUUAUUUAUUUCUUUACAAAAUAGCUCCAAUAACAAAAUAAAAAGCAAUUAGAAGAGGUAUAUUUUGGGAAGUGCUGUCAUAUGGCAACUCUAAAUCACAAUUGAAAAUGGUCAAAAGUCAAUAUCUACUCUAAUUAAAUUAAUGUUUCCUUUAUCAGUUGAGAUAUG